UACAUGGUUUUUAAUUUUUUGGGUUUUUGAGAGUGUAAUGCUAAAACGUUUUCAAAAUCACACUGAGAUGCUUUUGGUAUUGGAGACAGCUUUCUCUUCGUUAUGACAAGAUUUAACAGUACUUCCAACUGGAACCAUCGAAAUGAACUCAACAAUACCACUGAUAAUGGCUAUGAAAAUGACACUGAUUCAGCCAGAUCUUUAAUCGUCCACCAUAUUCUUCCCUCAUUUCAAAUGUAUGAAACGUUUAUCUCCUACAGAAACAACUUUAUUCAAAUGAUAUUAACUUCCGAUACUACAGCUUUGGAACCUCCCACAUACUCCCUGGGUCGAAAUGAAGUUGCUUCAAACAUUGCUCAUACUUCCAAUUUGGUGAAUCAAGCUCAAAUAGCGAGAGAAAGUAUCUACAACAAAAACAAUGCUGAUGGUGGUGAUCAAGCUUCGGUCGAGUAUCUAUCAAAUUUUAUUGAACCAUUUGAACCAGCUGGCGAUAUUGACAACAAUUCGACUGUUUUAUUUGACAAUAUUGGCAAUUUCAAAGAAAAAACCAACAGCUCUUUAUGUCUUGAACUAUUUCUAACCAAAUCUGUUCCUAAACUUGACAAAUUGUCUAAAUUUGAGUCUCCAUUUAAAGAAUUCACCAGUGGUGAUCCAAUAUAUGGCUUUAUCAUCAUUGAAAAUAAAUCCUCAAAGGAUAUCUCUUUCCAAAAUUUCUAUGUUUCUUUGGAAGGCAAGAUAUCUACUGUUAACCAUGAUCAUGAAAAUAACAUUAUCCUAUUGACGACAAAACAUGUUCUACAAAUGUUGGACUUGAGUGCAUCUUGGUCUUUUGGUUCCAUUGUCUCUUCUUAUGGUGCUGCUUAUACUUGGAGUAACAACGAAAAAAUAGGAAUAGAGAGAACCAUUAUUGGAUUGCCCAACAAUCGAGUUUUAAAGGCCAAAACCAAAUAUAAAAAGUUCUUUUAUUUCAAGUUUCCUUUCAAGUUAUUGGAUACAAUUUGUAAUGAGAACCAAAUCAGUUCUCAUCUUAACUUACCACCAACUUUGGGUGUCAACUUAAGUGAAGGCUUUAAAACUCUUCACAAUGAAAGUAACUCCAAAAAUACUAAAUUCAUUCAAGUUGAUCCCAUAUUAGGGGCUUCAAAGUAUUCUGAAAAAAGUGGGUCUACCAUUGUCGUCAACGACUAUAAUGAAGAUAAUACGUUAUCUGUUUCAUACUCAAUAAACCCAAGAUUUGUUGGAUUUGAUAGUUCAGUAGAUCAAAAUUCAUCAUAUUUAGAAAAAUUUUUUAUAUUGAGUAAAGAUGAGUACAAUAUUAGAUUCAUUCCAUCCAAGCUAAAAACCGACUAUUCAGGAGACAGAAUAAUCACAAAGGCAGUUGAGUUUAUUGAAGAAUUUAAUAAUUAUUUUAAUGAGUUAAAAAAUAUAGUUCAUUUUAUUUCAGACAAAAUUAAUCAGAUGGAAUCUGAGCUUGUUCAACAAACUCGGUCUGGAAAAUCAAUGGAUGAUAAAGCAAACAAACAUUGUCUUUAUUCAAGUUACAAUUCAAAGAUUAAAAAAGACUUUGUGUUUGAUGAAAAUUAUUUGGAAUUCAAACUUUCUAUCAAUGAGGUAGUAGUUAAAAACUUUUUUUUUGAGAAGCUUCAUUCUAUUCAAUAUAAUGACUAUGGUAGUCCUCCCGAACAAAUUAUUGUUCAAGCAAAAGUUCCCAAUUACGAACUUCCAUAUAUUUGUCCAGAAUUAUUAAUAUUUAAAAAUGACCAUCUUAAAACACUUUCAAAUAAUUUUUAUCAAAACGAGAAUCUAAAAAUUAUAAAUUUUGCGAUUUUGGUUCCAAAUAUAAAAGAUGAUGAAUCAAAAGAAAAAUUUACAAGGUUUCCUAAAAUCAGCGACUUUAAAAUAGACAUAGUUUGCAUUAAUCUUUUUUCAAGCCAGUCUCUCCCAUUGAAUUUUUGUCAUUUUCUAUUUCUUGGUUCCAAUUAUAUUGAAUUGAAAAAAAUGUUUCAAAAUCUAGAUGAAAGAAUAGCCGAAUUAACCAAAGUACAACAAAAAGAAAUACCAGCUAAUAUUGUUGAUUAUGUUGAAGCAAUCAAAGGGUUGAAGUAUAAGGUGCAUGCAAUCGAAAAUUUAAUUAGUAUUGUGAAUAUAAGUGAAAGUGAGAAUGGGGAUGAAUGUGAUGCUAGCAACAUCAAACUGCAAAGGGGUUGGAAACGCAUUGAACAAUCAAAUGAAUGGAAGAAAAAUUUUGAAGUAGUUUGGAAAUUUAAAAGCAGGAAUCGAAUUACAGAUACGAUUAUACCGGAUUUUCAAAGUUGCUUGAUAUCAAGGUUUUAUUUUAUUAAGGUAUCAUUUGGUUUGAAUAACAAAUAUCGAUCUGCAUUUUUAUUACCAAUAAAUGUUUCAAAAAAAGACAAUUAGAGUUUAUCUAUUUAUUCCAGAAUCUUUAUUUAUUGGUAAAGAACUAGAUGAGAAAUCAUGAGAUAUCUUGCUGUAGAAUAGAGAAGAAUCAAAGGACCCAGCACGACGAGUCUCUUGAACAUGUUAUCAAAUCUAACAGGACUUUCUACUUAAAUAGAAUUAAGUCCCUUCAAUUAAAACUUUUGCUUAAGAUUUAAUUGUUAGGAAAUAA